CCAACGGCCGAAUGGGGAGACCCCCCACCCCCUCGCACUCACUUCGUCUUCUUAGACGGCUCCCCUCUCUGCUUCUGAUCCCCACUGUGACUCCCCUUCCCCUCGCUCCAACCCUCCCUCCCUCUUCCCAUGGCGUCUUCUCUCCUUUCUCUCACGCCUAAACUCUGCAUCGCUCCCCAAACCAUAAGCAGCCCUCGCCGUCUCUUCACAUCCUACGCCGCGGCCCUUCAUUCUCCUCCAUCUCUGGGACUCGGGCGUGUCGGCCUGGCUCUCGGGAGGAGCCGGUCGAUGGUUGCAAGGAGCUCGGCGGUUGCUGUUGCGAAUGCGAGAGAUAGCAGGCCCAUCGUCGUCAUCGAUAACUAUGACAGCUUUACCUACAACCUCUGUCAGUAUCUUGGAGAGCUAGGAGUCCAUUUUGAGGUGUAUCGUAAUGACGAGCUAACUGUGGAGGACAUAAAAAGAAUAAAUCCAAGAGGAAUACUCAUAUCCCCAGGGCCUGGUGCACCUCAAGACUCGGGCAUAUCGUUGCAGACUGUACUCGAACUGGGUCCUUCUAUGCCAUUAUUUGGAGUUUGUAUGGGCUUGCAGUGCAUAGGAGAGGCAUUUGGAGGAAAGAUAGUGCGUGCUCCUUCUGGAGUAAUGCAUGGGAAAAGCUCUCUUGUAUACUAUGAUGAGACAUUAGAAGAUUCCUUAUUUCAUGGUUUGCCCAACCCUUUUACUGCCUGUAGAUAUCACAGUCUUGUGAUUGAGAAUGAUAGUUUCCCUAGUGAUGCCCUUGAGAUUAUGGCAUGGACAGAGGAUGGAUUAGUAAUGGCUGCACGUCAUAAGAAGCAUAAACAUAUUCAGGGUGUUCAGUUCCACCCUGAAAGCAUAAUGACACCUGAAGGCAAAACUAUGGUUAGCAAUUUUAUCAAGUUGAUGGACAAAUGGAGCCAGCAAAACUAGAGUUGGUUCUGCACAAGGAAAACUUCAGGUACCAUGGUCAGAUGGAUAUGAAGCUGGUUCACAACAACGGCAUAUCAACACAUGGUACGACAAUAUCAAAUAAAAUUUUAUUUGAAGCUCAUGAUAUAGAUUUUGUCUUGUUUUUUAACUGCUGAGUGGAACCAUUCCACCUUUCACCUCCCGACAAAUGUAUCGUGAUAGUGUGAAUCCCAUGAAUAUUAUAAAACAAAUUCUGAAACUA